GACAAGACUAAUGUAAAAAAAACUAAAGAGAUAAAAAGAAAAAUUUAGCUCCAUUCUCAGCUCGAUAUAUUUGUGUAGCUAAUGUAAAUCUAAAAGCAUCAAAUGGAAUAUUCAAAUAUGUUUCGUUUAAUGGAUUCUGAACAUUUUUAAAUUAAAGUGCUUAAAAUCACAAAGAAAUUGUUUAACAAAAUAAAUCAAACAAGAGUCGGCGUCUUUUUGGGAAUUUUCGACGCCAUAUUUAUAUCUGCGUAUUCCUGAAUACGAAGGUCAUUGCAAGCACUUUCGAAAAUAAAAACAAAUAUACCUUUAUAGUAUACACAGAAGUGUUUAGUAUAUAAAUACAUAUGCAUAUAUAGGCUUAUGUUAAUGCUUAUGCGGAACAAGACGUAUGUAUGAAUCUACACAUGCACAGCUAGAAAGAAAACACAAAUAAAUCCAUAUGUAUGUGUGCAUCUAUGCAAAGUUAUACAACAAAAAUAAUUAAAUAAUCAAACAAAAAUAUAGCAAAACAAAGAACACUAUUUAGCGGCACCAAACAGUACCAGCAAUCAAAUAAAAUUUAAAGGAAAUUCGGUUAACUGUAAUGUUAAUGAAACAGUGCAGACUGCAGCAUAUUUAUAAAGUCGAGAAAAAAGUGGCAGUUAAAAAGAGAAUCACAGUCCAUCCAGAUACCAUGUUCAGAAAUUGUACAAUUUUUCAAACAACUACAUUCUGGGCGAUGCACUCAUCAAGAGCAAACCAACCGAGAAACAUCAAGACGCCGAUAUAUUCAAAAAGACCGCAAAGCGCCUAAGGACCAUUGAAUCAAUUUUUAUAUAUUGAUUGAUUGAUUUGGAAUACUAAUAAUCAUCGUUUCAAAAAACGCCUCCUACGUUGGUUGUCUUAUUAGAUAGGCUACACAACUCGAAAGAUAUUGCUCAUAGAGACAAUCUUGAAGGUGAACUGAUUGCGAGUGAAACUGCUGGAAACCAAGAUGAAGUUGCUAGAGAGCUCGCGUUUCGAAGCUAUCAAUAAUGCGCUCUCGAUACAAACUGGCGGAAUAACAAUUUUUGGACGAAUUGAAAGCUACUCCUGCAAAAUGGUUGCAGCCGAGAAGGUAUUGUACAAACGAUUUACAGCGGAGACGCACGGCCAUGAUUUACAAGCGUUAUCGCCUCCGCAAACAUUGUCGGAUCUUUCACCAAAUUUUCAUCGCAACAACAGUCAAUCGGGCGAUGAAGGCGUAAUUUUAUGUGACACAAUAUCUCGCAAAACUUUAUUUUACUUGAUUGCAACAUUAAAUGCGUCAUUUGAACCUGAUUACGAUUUUUCAGAUGCAAAGUCGCAUGAGUUUAGCAAAGAACCUUCUUUGCCAUGGGUUAUGAAUUCCGUUCAUUCAAAUUUAUCAGCCUUAGCUGGAGAUCAGUACCAGGUUCUGCGUCAGCCCUUGUGGUCGGCCGUAGAUGAUGAGGUGAACUUGUCGGAAUGCGAUAUAUAUAGCUAUAAUCCGGACUUAAGCUCUGAUCCGUUUGGGGAACCUGGCUGUUUAUGGUCUUUCAACUAUUUCUUCUACAACAAGAAGUUGAAGCGCAUUGUAUUCUUUACUAGUCGCGCCGUAAAUUCACUCUAUGCUGGAGAAACAUCAGAUUUCUCCAUGGAAGAAGACCUAUACUAAUGAAUUAUGGAUCUUCGAUUUUAUUUAAACCUUGAUUAUUUUAGCGUAUACGUACUUUUUUAAUGGGCUAAUCGGGGCACGGCCGACACGAGAUGAAAGGAAUUGUGCUUUUCAGUGUGAACUACGCUACGGAUACAAACUCUGUGCAUAACUAAUCAUUAAACACAUCACGAACAUGAUUACAUUUAGGAGCAAUAACAUAAUAUUUAAUCAAGUAUUUUAUUCAAUACAAUAUUAAUAUACGUUCUUUGAAAAUAAACCUAAGUUUAUAUAUGUUUAUCGUUUUGCCAACAGUGCACCUUUUAACACAUCAUACUAACAAUCUAAAUAUUACAGUCAAAAGCGAAUGUAAAAUAUAACGUAAUUGUCGAAACGAAAAUAGAUAACCGGAUAUAUAUUUCACUUAACUUGUCGACUAAUUGAGCAUGAGAAUUCAAAAUGCUUAAUUUUUAAUAGGCUUAAAAAUAUUAAACACUCCAAUCUUGAUCGAGCAAAUAUCAUCA